AUGUCUGGGAAGAAGGCUACAUCGGCGCCUGUAGCACAAUCAAGCAUGACCGAGGUGGCAAUACCUGCGAGUACACUUCCGUCAACGCCUUUGAGUGUCGCAGCGAUCACCAACACCCCGGAGGAUGAUUAUAGUGUCACGAAACCAAAGCCGAAUGUGUCAAGUGGUCAAGUUCGAACGGCACCGGUGACCUUAGACUCGACCCUUCAGUCGAUCAUUGAAACGCGACUGAGGCCGAUGCAAUAUGCAACCGGGUCCCCUCAAUACCCACCGAACAUCCCAGUUCCUCCUGUCAAUGAAGCCAACCUUUCUGUGGCGUCUUUGGCCUUACAAAAUCCAUUCUCAUCCAAGAUCCCAACCCUGUUUGAUGAGCCUCAACUGUUCUGGAAACGGUAUCUACUAAGCCUGCUUCCUGCUCAGACCCAAGCCGAUUUACUGGUCACCUACUUCUUUGAGAACAUCAACUGGAUCUAUCAUGCUAUCCAUGCCCCAUCAUUCCGCGCCCAAUACUCCAUGUUAUGGUCAAAAAGUAUUGAGGACGUCGACUUGAUAUGGCUUUCACUCCUGUUUAUCAUGUUUUCGCUCAGUUCACUCUAUAUACCGGCUCCCAUGGCUGAAGCAGCCGGCUUUGAGGUCUCAGACCUCGCCGCCCUGUCGCAUCGAUGGUACUCUGCUUCCCGCCAAUCUUUGCAAUCGGGCGGGUAUGAGUCCAAGCCGACCUUGAUACAGCUUCAGGUUUUCAUUGUAACGCAGCUGUACUGGUACGGAACCAAAGACAUCGAGGCUCUCAAUGCGCACCUAGCACAAGCUAUCCGCCAAGGCCAAGCUCUUGGUCUUGACCGGGAAAGUCCACCAUCCAUCUCUGACUGCCUUGAGAGGGAAUUACGGCACAGAGUUUGGUGGGAUCUUGCUGGGGCAGAUACGUUCCAAUCACUGUGUCUAGGAAGGCCUCCUUUGUUGCAAUCGCAUCUCUCCAAUGUCCCGUUCCCUUCGAAUUGUAAUGACGUCGACAUAAACUCUGUACAUGCUCAAGUCAAGCCUCUGAACGAGCCGACUGAGAUGAGCAUGCACCAUUUUCGCGGUCGAAUCUUCAAGGUCUUCAACAAGCUUUGGCUGGACAAUGGUGCGAACCUCGGCUCGCAUGAUUUUGUGUCAAGCAUCGACGCUGAGCUUACGGCCAUCACUGACCAGUUUCCGUGGUACUUCAAGGACCCAGCACGGAGUGUGGAAAGCAAGGCUCCGGCACUUCCACCAAACUUUGGCUUUGUUCUGUGGGGUCACCAUCUACUAGACAGCUGCAUAGCAGUUCAGAGAGUACGGAUGUACCGGCCAUUUCUUCAGCUCCAGGCCGGCCAAAUGUUCCAACGCUGUGUUGCGGCGGGGUCAUCGACGUUGACGCUGUACAAGACCCUUCGCUCCCCCGACGAGGCACGGUUUCGACGAUCAGAUAAGUUGCGAAUCCAGGCGUAUCACGUCAUCUCGGCUGCCAUUGUUCUUGCUACCUUUCUUCUGGUAGAACAACCCGCCAACGCAGCCUCAAUCCGCCAUGACAUUGAGAUGAUAGCUUCAGACUUGCAACCCCCUGCACCGGGAACUACAGAAGACAAACGCUCCAUCGCAACUAUCGAUGAUGGUCUCAAAGUACUGCAUCAGAUCUUGUCUAUAUCUGAUGACAAAGCUUAUAAUCUUUCGCAAGAUACCGAGGGCCCUGCGGCGCUGGCACCAGGCAUUUCUUCCGUGUUCGGCGGAGAAGCCACAGCUCGAAAAUAUCUUGAGAGAUGCGCUUUCAAGUAUCUUGGAUGUGAUGAUGUAAUUCAUAAUGGACAGCCCAUAGCUUCAGCCACUUCAGCAACUGCUGGCAGUUGGGAGGCAUUGAUGGAUCCCUCGUCCUGGGGCGUAUGGGGUGAUGGAUUUUGGGCAGAAUUAGACCUGGCCAUGGGUGAGGGCCCAGGAGAGAUGUGA